UGGAAGCUGGAAUGAAGAUGAAGAGCUCACCAUCAUCACCACCAUCCAUAAAAGUGUGUCAGUGUCAGAAACCACAUAAUCAAGUCAGCUGUUGUGAGUUUUGAUUUUGAAACUUAAGUAAUUAAGUGACCCUUAUUAGUCCCACAGUGGGCAUUUAACCCAUCUGUGCAGUGAAACACCACAUACACACUAGUGAGCACACUUACCCGGAGCGGUGGGCAGCCCUAUCCAGAGCACCUGGGGAGCAGUUGGGGGUUAGUUGUUUUGCUCAGGGGCACAUCAGCUCAGGGGCACAUCACCUCAGGGGAUUGGAAAGGCGACCUUCCGGACACGGGCCUGGUUCCCUAACCUCCAGCCCAUGACUGCCCCCACUUGUUCUUAAUGGCGCAGCACUUCAGAGGCUCCCUUCAGAGUGGACGAUCAGGACCAACCAAAGUGACCUUUACCUUCCAUGCAGGCUGGGUUUCCUAGUAACGCAGCAAACACACAGCAGCAGGAGGAUUAGUGAGGCUUCUUGAAGAAAACAGACAGAAAGAGGGAGAAAAAAGAGGAGAUCAUGGAGUCGUGUGAGGAGGCGCGAGAGCUCCAGUCCUGCAGCCACAGCAACCCGGAGAAAACACCAUUCGAGAAUCCGGCUCAGCUCAUCUCUGAUCUUGCCAGAGUGACCACCAGGGGCAGCGCUCGCUUUGGCACGCUCAGCCACCACUCCUUCUUCUCCAGACACAACCCCCACCCCCACAGGGUCACGCACAUAUCAGGUCUGAACGGCAGUCCGGUGUGUACGGUGAAUGAUGACUGGUACUCCAACACUCCUCUGUGCCCACAUCCGCUCAUCAAGAGUCAAGCGCUGGCCUCCGGGAACCGAACCCAGCCGCUCAGCUACAGCACAGCCAGCGGAGUCAAGCAUGGUGCAGCUCUGCUAUCAGAAGCAUGGCAGGAAGAGCUGAAGGAUCUGGCAACCAAAAUCAGCCUCUCGGCUCCAAGCUCUAGCAGAAGAGGAGAAGGAGAGAGUUCCAGAGAGGAGGAACCGCCCCGUAGGAAGACUCAGUAUUCAGCUCAGACAGGCCGGAUCAUCCCUCCAUCCUCUUGGGGAGCAAAACGCCGCGACACUCCGGCUACACACAGACGCACAGCAACACACAGACCUCAGACUACCAGCCUGGGAGGCCAGGAGCUCAGGGUCUUGGAGCUGCUGUGUCAGAUCCUGCAGACUGAUUCUUUAUCUCUGGUGCAGCAGUGGCUGCUGCUGGCUGGAGACAGAGAGAAGGAGCUGGUUCUGGGGCUGCUCCAGCAGGCCAUGACUGACUCACCCAACCUCAACCAACUUCCCUUCACAGCCCAGACUGAGCCCCCCCUCAACCCCCCUACAGGACUGACCCGCCGCAAACGAAGGCUCAAGAGUUUGUCUUCUGCUCAGGAGGCGCUCGACGACAUACCAGAGCUGAUCGGAGAGGCUGAAGUCCUGCAGGUUCGUCCAGAAGAGGCUGAGAACAUCAGUGAGGAUUCAGGACUCCAUCGUGAACACAGCCGCUAAGCAUCCAGAUAUACACACGUACUUUUCUAACUAUACUUGUGAGGACUGACAUAGAUUCUGUGUUACUGUAGCUAUGGAAAACUAAAUGUAUAACCUAAAACCUCACCCUAACCUUAACCUCACUGACCAAAAGACAAUCUUUCUGAUCCAAAAAUGUAUUUGUGGUUAAAAAAAAAAACAAAAAAAACAUCAACAAAAAAAACAACAUAUCAAAUGAGGACCAACAAAA